AAAACAUUUGCAAGAUUCGUGUGAUAAAAGAAGUGUAGUCGCGCAGUCUUCGAGCUUGUUCUUCCGGUGUUUCGGAGUUUAUUCUGUUUAUGACAUAAAAUUAGUGUACCCGCUUUUCGUAUGUGAAGUCUAUAUACAGUUUUUUUUACUGCUGCAGCUGUUCAGAGAAGUCUGGAAGCUUUUGCGCGCUCAUUUGGACGGUGAAAGGGUUUUCCGGUGUUCGGAGCAGCCCCGAGAAAGCGACCCGGGAUGGCGGCCAGCCGAGAAAGGCGGGCCAUGGCCGGCAGCCGCAUGGCCCAGUUGCUGAACGCCGAGGAAGACCAGGACGACUUCUACAAGACGACGUACGGCGGCUUCCAGGACGAUGAGGACGACGUCGAGUACGAGACCGAGAAUGACGAGAGCGACGUGGUCGACUCGGACUUUGACAUCGACGAGCAGGACGAACCGGUCUCAGAUCAGGAGGGGGACGAGGCCUCGGGAACGCGCAAGCGGCGCGUGGUUACCAAGGCUUACGUGGAACCCCUGAAAGAGAAAAAGAAAAAAAAGGCAGAAAAAACGAAAGCAGAAAAGCCUCCCAAGAAGCCCAAACGCGCUUCAGAGGAGCAUCUGGAAUCAUCAGCUGACGGAACGUCAUCCACCCCAUCGGUAGAGCGCAAAUCCGUGCGCCGUUCAACACAAGCCAAGAGUCGCGAGGCCGAACUCCGCCGCCAAGAACAAGAGGAGCAGCGGCGGCAGCGUUACACACGCAAGCCGGACAGCGAACCCUACUAUCACCCGACCCAGGAACAACUCCUCGAGGAGGCCAAGAUCACAGAGCAGGAGAACUUGCGCUCCCUCGAGUCUUACCAGCGCCUAGAGCUUGAGAAGAAGAAAGCCAAGAUUGUGAAGAACGCCCACCGAGGCCCCACGAUUCGCUACCACUCCAUCUCCAUGCCCCUCAUUGAAGAAGUGGAAACGCAGUCGGGGGGUCCCUCGCCACGGUGCUCGCGCAACUUCAUCACAUUUCCAGAUGACGCCACUCUUCGGGAGAACUUUCCGAAUGCGAAGCCCAAGGCUGCGAGUCGCAGCGUGUGCCCAAUCACGCGGCUGCCUGCCCGCUACUUUGAUCCCGUGACACUGAUUCCUUACGCCAACCUGCAGGCUUUCAGGGUACUGAGGGAGGCAUACUAUGCUCAGCUGGAGCAGAAGGGAGACACCAGGCAGCCGGAAGUGGCCGCCUGGGUGGAAUGGAGAAGGCGUAGCAGGGCGCAGAGGGCAGCACUCGCCAACAAGGCUUCUUGAAAGCAUGGUCGCCGCAAGAUAAGCUAUCUGGUGGGGCUGCUGUUCGAAGCUCGCAGCCAGAAUGGUGACGAAGACUCGGGGUGACUUCGCUCUUAGGUUUUUUAGGCUGUUCAUACACUAAUCAGAAACUUGAAGAAAAGUUUCAUCUCGGUAAGAUGGCAGUUUCGGAUGACCAUCUUCUCCUUCUCAGCAGUGAAAUGCUGCCCAUAGUUGAAGUGCAAAGGCAAGGUAGGUACAACUUGGAACCAACUGUGUGCAUCAUCUGUGCACUUUACUUCAAGUUCUGGAUGUCACCACAUACAAUGUGCAUACUCUCUAAACAGCUG